UGUUCUGGAGAAAUCCGUAUUAUCAUCCCUUAUCAACGACCAUUAUAGAUAAAAUAAAAAAUAAGAAUUUCUCGAUUAUUUCGCUUAAAAUAAAAUCUAAUAUACGCAGCAUUACAUUAAAUAUUUCACAUUUGCAUCCGGUCGAUCGAGUAUAAUAAAAAUCAUUAAAUAAAUGUAAAGGAUGGCUCCGCAAAUAGAUAACACUAAUGGAACAUUAGAUCGAAUAUUGAAAGAAAAAUUUACCUCGGAAUUUCGUAGUGGUUACAUCACCGUGGAGGGUGUUUGUUUACCUGAACGUUAUCAACAUUUUGCGGAACAAAUCGAAAAUUUUGAGGUCAGAGAUGACGAUGUUUGGGUCUGCACUUUUCCAAAAACUGGUACCACAUGGACGCAAGAAAUGGUUUGGUGUAUUGGUAACGAUUUAGAUUUCGAAGGAGCGAAACAGCUACUGUUUGAGAGAUUUCCAUUCUUAGAGGUUUCGAUUAUCUACGACUUCGAAAAAUUCAUGUUAGAUAUACCAAAUUCAUUGAAUCUCGAAGUAAUGCAAAACAGCGUAAACUUCAUAAAAAACCAACCCAGUCCAAGAUAUAUCAAAACCCAUCUGCCAUUUCAUCUCCUUCCGCGACAAUUAAGAAUGGGCAAAAAGAAAGCGCGCAUUAUCAAUGUCGUCAGAAAUCCAAAGGACACAUGCAUCUCCUAUUUUCAUCAUGGCAGGCACCUCGAAGGCUAUCGAGGUGAUUUCGAUGAAUUUUGCCAGCUUUUCCUAGGAGGAAAACUUGCCUACGCGCCGUACUGGGAGCAUGUCCUUGGUUAUUGGAACAAAAGAAACGACAUGAAUAUUUUGUUCUUGAAGUACGAAGAUAUGAAGUCUGAUCUUCCGUCCAUAAUCAAGAAAACAGCCACUUUUCUAAAUAAAAGAAUUACAGAUGACGAGGUGCAAACUUUAGCCACGCAUCUCAGCUUUGCGAAUAUGAAGGAGAAUCCUUCGGUGAACUAUAAAGAGACAAUCGAAAAUUACAAAAAAAUUAAAUUAAUCAUCACCGAUGGUACAUUCAUUCGAAGCGGAGAGGUCAAUCAAUGGAAAGGAAAAUUAUCUCCUGACAUGAUCGAGAAAUUUGACGAGUUGACUAAGAAAAUACUUCAUCCUGUUGGUCUUCAUUUUUUUUAACGGAUCUAUCGAUGCAACUUUUGAAGUUUUUUUUUGAUAAAUGUGAACAAAUUCACGUUU